AUGGUGUCGUCUUCGAGAAACUAUAAGCAGGCUUCUUCAAGAGUUGGAAACACCAGAUUCAAGAUGAAGCUUUGGAUACUUCUUGCUUGCUUCCUUGUUGGAACACUAGCUGUAUUUGCAGAAGAAGAUGUCCCCAGUCAGGAUGAGGACGAAGAGAGCGAUCCUAGUACAUAUACCUACAAAGUUUAUCCUUAUGGCAAACACGGAAGUCGGUAUGGCGGUUAUGCAGGAAGACGUGGCGGAUAUGGUGGUUACGGAAGCCGAUAUGGAGGUUAUGGACAUGGUAAAUACGGAGUGGGUUACGGAAGUUACGGAGGACGUGGAUACUCUGGCUACGGACAUAAAGCAUAUGGUGACCCAUCCUACAAAGUAUACAAGAGCGUCUAUCCAUACAAAAAACACGGAGGCAGGUAUGGCGGUUAUGCAGGAAGACUUGGUGGGUAUGGCGGAAGAUAUGGUGGUUACGGACGCCGAUAUGGAGGUUAUGGACAUGGUAAAUACGGAGUAGGUUACGGAAGCUACGGAGGACGUGGAUACUCUGGAUACGGACGUAAAGCAUAUGGCGAUCCAUCUUACAAAGCAUACAAGAGCGUCUAUCCUUACAAAAAACACGGAGCCAGAUAUGGCGGUUAUGCAGGAAGACUUGGUGGGUAUGGCGGAAGAUAUGGUGGUUACGGAGGCCGAUAUGGAGGUUAUGGACAUGGUAAAUACGGAGUAGGUUAUGGAAGCUACGGAGGACGUGGAUACUCUGGUUACGGACGUAAAGCAUAUGGCGAUCCAUCUUAUAAAGUAUACAAGAGCGUCUAUCCAUACAAAAAACACGGAGGCAGAUAUGGCGGUUAUGCUGGAAGACUUGGCGGGUAUGGCGGAAGAUAUGGUGGUUACGGAAGCCGAUAUGGAGGUUAUGGGCAUGGUAAAUACGGAGUAGGUUAUGGAAGCUACGGAACACGUGGAUAUUCUGGUUACGGACACAAAGCAUACGGUGAUCCAACAUACGGAUACGGAAGCGGAUACGGAUAUGGUGGUUAUGGAGGACGCGGCUAUGGAAGUGGUUAUGGUUAUGGUGGUCGAGGAGGAUAUGGUGGGUAUGGCUACGGUCAUAAAGCAUACGGCGACCCUACUUACGGUUACGGAAGCGGAUACGGAUAUGGUGGUUAUGGUGGACGCGGCUAUAGGAACGGUUAUGGCUAUGGUGGUCGAGGAGGAUAUGGUGGAUACGGCUAUGGACGCAAGGCGUAUGGCGAUGAAGAAUAAAUUUUUGUAUUUUAAUAAUUGUAACUAGAUUGGAGCUUGAAUAGAUAUAUUAUCUACUAAAACAUUUUUAUUUCUUUUUCGUAAAAGA